AUGGCGAGCGGGUACCACCACCUCAAGAUCCGCGGCUACUCAAGCCUCAAGGCCAUCCCCAGCAGCCAGUGCCUCAUUUCCGGCCCUUUCACCGCCGGAGGCCAUCGCUGGAGGAUCAUCUACUACCCGAACGGCGACCGAGCGGAGAGCGCGGGCCACGUGUCCGUCUUCCUCUUCCUCGACGAGAAUGUGGACAAGGAAGUGAUGGCGCGGUUCCAGUUUGGUUUCAAGGCGGAGAAGCGAGGGCUCUUCUUCCUCAAGAAGGCCAAGCCGGCGGCGGGGACUUCAGAAGCUGCACACAGCUUCGCCAGCCAGGGCACUUGGGGGUACACAAAGUUCGUGCAAUGGAAUGCGUUGGAGAAAUCGAAGCAUCUCAAGGGCGAUUCGUUCACCAUCAGGUGCGACCUCGCUGUCGUCAAGAGGGUCCGCAUCGAGGGGACUGCCCAGGAAGCAGCUCCAAAGUUCGUCGACGUUCCCCCGUCCGACCUGAAGCAGCACCUCAGUGGCUUCUUCCUCGCCGGAAGCGGCGCAGACGUCGUGUUCGAGGCUGGUGGCGAGACAUUCGCGGCGCAUCGCUGCGUGCUCGCGGCCCGGUCGCCGGUGUUCAGCGCGGAGCUCUUUGGCUCGAUGAAGGAGGGUAACACCAACGAUCUGGUCCGCAUAGAUGGCAUGGAGGCGCAGGUGUUCAAGGCUCUGCUCUGCUUCGUCUACACCGAUUCGCUGCCGGAGAUGGGAAAAGAAGAGGAAGACGCCAUGUGCCAGCACCUGCUUGUCGAGCGGACACGUAUAACUUGGAGAGGAUGA